CUAAUACUCCACUGUACAUACUCCAUUUCACUGCACUCCACUGUGCUUCUCUCCACUUCCCUUCGCUCCACUCCACUCCACUUCAUUCUAUUUCCAUGCCGCCAUUUUUCCACGCCGCUCUACUCCACUCGACUUCUGUCCACUCCACUUCGCUCUACUUCACUCCACUUUGCUCAACUCCACUCUACUCCACUGUACUCCACUCCACUCCGCUCCACUUUGUUCAACUCCACUCCACUCCGCCCCACUCUACUCCACCUCUCCACUUCACUUCCCUCCACUCCACGCCAGUCCACUUCGCUUCGCUUCACUCCACUCUACUUUUAUCUACUUCCCUUCGCUCCACUCCAAUCUACUCCGGCCACUUCUCUCCACUUCCCUUCGCUCCACUGCACUCCGACUCCAAUCCACUACACUUUACUUCACAUCUGUUCACUCCACUCCACGUCGCUCACUCCACUCGACUUCUGUCCACUCCACUUCGCUCUACUCCACUUCGCUCUACUCCACUUCGCUCUACUCCACUCCACUUCGUUCUACUCUACUUUACUCUACUCCACUUCACUCCAUUUCACUUCGCUCUCCACUCCUCUCCACUCAACUUCCCUCCACUCUACUCCACUUCACUCCAUUUCACUUUGCUUCACUCCACUCCACUCCACUCCACUUCGUUCCAAUCCACUCCAUUUCAUCUUCGUUCCAGAAUGAAGCCGUUUGUCACCAAGUUUCAUGGCAAAACUCAGCUAACAUCGACUGAGUUUAUGGAAGUGUUUAGGAAAUACGACAAAGAUGGUAAUGGUUAUAUUGAAGCCAGAGAGCUGGAUCCUUUUCUACAAGAACUGUUCGAAGCAAGAUAUCAUCUCUCCACUCCUCUCCACUCAACUUCCCUCCACUCUACUCCACUUCACUCCAUUUCACUUUGCUUCACUCCACUCCACUCCACUCCACUUCGUUCCAAUCCACUCCAUUUCAUCUUCGUUCCAGUCAGUGUACGAGCGCGACAUGCGCGCGAGCGGCGAAGCGAAUUAGUUAUUUGAGUUUGGCGGGAAAACGCCGUUGCCAGCCUAGUCCCUCACGGCCAAAGUAGCCCCCCUCAGCGUAUGUUGAAGCGCCUCUUGAAGCUCAUUGUGAUGCCUUCCACAGCCAGACACAUGACUCCUGCAGCCCAGCUGUAAAAAUGGGUACCAGCGAAAUUAAUGCUAGGGGUGGAACCCCAUGAUGGACUAACGUCCUAUCCAGGAGAAAGACAACUGCAAUAGAAAAUGGAAGUGAAGCUGCUUGGCCCGACAUAGACUUAACGUAAUUACUGUCUUUACAGACAGGUAACUGGAAAUAGGUUUUGGAUUUUAAUCCAUAAAAAAAUUUCAUAAAUUAUA